UACUUAUAGUUUCUACUGCAGAAAGCAGGAUGGCAUUACGGGUCUACAGACUCGCUGUUGUCGGCUGUCCUCGCGGAGUCGUAGAACCCUCGACUGCAGCAUCAGCUGACGGUCCGUUCAGCGGUGUCGGAAAGUCCUGUCUCUGCAACCGUUUCGUCAAGCCCGAGGCCUACACAGAGACGCACGACUCCCUCGUGAGCGCCAAGAAAUGGAGCGACGACGCGGCCAUCACUGGCGACCAUUUUCUCUACUGGGGCGCUACGACCCGACACCUGCAGGACGGCUCCAAGGCACGAUUCCAGGUCGUUGAGCACACGGAGUUUUACGACAAAGAGUCCUCGACUGCAGGGGAAGAGCUGCAGCCGCACCCGAGCGAUGCGAGCUAUUUGGAGCGAGCUACGUCGGUCCGCAUUGCGACAAGUUCCAUCGGGAAAGUCGCCGUUCGCCUGAAAGCCGAGCAAGCUUCAGCGAGAGCCGGGGGAAUUCGCAGCACGACGCAAAUCUUUCCGAACGAGGACUUCGGCGGCAAAAACGGCGGAGUGUUGGGUUUCGCCUGCGUGUUCGAUCCAACACUGUCUGGUGAGCAGAUGAAACGACAGAUGUUGUACCUCACUGAGCUACUGCAGGCGUUGAACAAGAGGAAAAAGAAACUCGCCGUGGCCUGCACUAAAUGCGACGAGGCCAGCGAGGAGCACAUCAAGCUAGGUGCCAGUCUCGCUGCAUCUGUUCUCAAAAAACCGAUACCCUUCUUCGAGGUUUCCUCUAGAGACGACGUCAACGUAGAAGACGUGUUCUUCACGUUGAUCGGUCAUGCCAGAAAGUCACCGAAACUUCCGAGAGCUACGAAAUCCCCAAAAAGCAGCCGACACUUUUCGAUUAGCAGUCACAGCCACGUCUCUUACAAGGACGCAGUCUCACUGAGAAAGCAGGACAUUCGCCGAGCAAAGGACGCGUACCGUCGACUUCUUCAGAAAAAAAUCACCGGUUUUUCGGCCGUGUGGAGCGAGGCUUACCUCAUGCUCGAAAAGGAAGAGGAGUUCUCUGUUCUUCUCCAACUGGCUGGGAAGGAAGGGAAGGAGAUGGUGAAAAACAUGUUCUGUCUGCGGCUGAUUGAGAUUAAGCUGACCGAGGGGGCCAAGCUGCACGGGAUGUCAUCGGCGACAAAAAAGCUAAACAAGGAGAAAUCUCAGGAUUACCAGCGCUAUCUAUCAGAUGCUCUCAAGAGCCAUCCAGAUUUGAGGGACGAGUCAGUAUACGACUAUGUGUACUCCACGGGGAUGGCGGACACGUCCUCGGUCCUCUCUCUCCAGACCAGUAUCAACAGCGACAACGGCAGUAGUUCUACCUCGCAGUGCGACACCCCAGACAACAACUCUGGCCCAAUGGGAGGAUCAGCUCUACAUCUCAGAGACAUCGCCCACCAAGGAGGCCAGUCACACUCUGCCACUAUGCCGGACCUCUCGGGGAAAGAAGAGCGAGUUAAUCAGUUGCCGUCUGUGGAGGUAUUGGGUACUCAUUCACCUCACCCUUCCCCGGUCCCGACAGGACAUAGCACUGUGUACAACUACGGAUCAAACCCACAUCUCCCCCAGGCGGGAAACGGUGGCGCUAGCGAAAUGAACCGCUCGCAGCCUCUUCUUGAUGUGACUCCUCCCCCUCCUCCCCUGCCCAUCGGACAGCGACCGGGGCUUGACAGACGACGCUCAAACUCAAUGGGAAGACUCGAAUCAACGCCCAAACCGAACGCAUCCCCCAGCAACGAAAGUGUCGAUGCUUUGAACGCCGAGCCCUACCUCCAACCAAUGGAGGUACAGAUGGUAAUGCACACACUCCCACGAACACACAAGAUUCCAGAGUCAUUCAGUGCUCACUCGAUCCACGGUGAUCUCCCACAGAGACGGCAACUCCCCAUCCAAGUAAGCGCCGUCAACAUUUCCCAGGCUUCGAUCGGGGAGACCCCGAGAAGGUUCGGUCAUCGCCGCACGGCAUCGAACCCGUGGGUACUGGAGGGUGGAAGCGAGCAUCACUUCACCGAAAAUCCUCUCCCCCCACUUCCACCGCCUCCGGUCCCCGCGAGGGAUUACCAGCACCCGAGCAAGAGCCCUCCUCUGCUGGACCCACAUGAGUCGUCGCUCGACUUCCCUCACCACGAGAAUCGGAGGUCGGUCGUCUCUGCAUCGUUCUCACCAAAUCACAGCAGCGCAGCAGACCGGCCACAGUCACAUUACACAGACAUAGACGAGAUGGACAGGCUUUCUACAAUCAGUGGACCUUUCGAGGAGAUUUCAGACGACCCCGACUCAUCGGCCGAGACGAGCAAAAUGGGAGAAAUGCCGCCAAAGCAAGCAGCUGCCUCCAAGACUUCCGUCGUCAAGAAAAAGAGCUCUACUCUGAACAGUGACUAUGAGAAGAUAGAGGAAUACAUUACGAUGGCUCCGUUGUCAACAUUUCCUCGUCGCCCAAUUUCAAACGCAGAACCAUCGCCGAAACGGACCACCAGUGGCGAACGCUCGCCAAACAAGACCACCGGAGCAACGCCACAGAAGGGUAAAAAAGGCUGGACGCGGCAGAGCACAGACUCGAUCAUUCCAGAUGCCGCGACGAUUCGUAGCUCCUCGCCUCCGCUUUUCCCCAGCAGACGAUUCACGAUGCUCGACAAUCCACACGCAGUCUCCGCCUCCCACGUCCGUCCUCUCCCUCCAUCACCCUCGAAAUCUGUCACCUCCCCCACGAAAAAGGUUGGUGCAUCGAAGAAAUUCAGCACUGGGAGCAACAUCUACGAGACAAUUGACGAGGAGCUUUUGAACCGCGUGCAUCCUCGAAGACGUGGGUCGGCCCUUCCCAAAUGGGUGCCUCCUGUGGACCCAAAACACCACGCACAAUACAUGGUCAUCCUGAGGAAAUUCUUCACAGACCCACAAGUCAUCGAUGCGUGGGGAAAAACAGUCUGGGAGAUAAUCCCAGGUGGCGAUGUUUCAAUGUACCCGCCUCCUUACUCUAGCCAAGAUACCAAGCAGACGAGGAAGCUGGGCACAGCUGUGAAAGUACCCGAACCAACUGCAUCUACGCCAAAGAUCAUACACCAGAGUCGACAUGAACGGGCAGGUAGUCACGAUCAGUACGUAAUCCCUGUGUCCCUCUUUCAGCCCAACACGGAGACUCAGUCCAGUAGCACACCUGCUACCCCUGCCGUCGCACGGACAGAUGGAGGAGCCUCGCAGGCGAUGUUUUCUUCGCCGAGAGAACAAUUUGCAGCAAAACGACCGCCGAGUCGAGAGAACCUCAUUGAGAUGCUGAAUAUGAGUGCGUUCCAGGGAGAUAGCUCUGAGUCAGAUUCGAGUGAGUCUGAGGACUCUGAGGAUGAGGAGAGGGAAGAGGAGGAGGAGGAGGAGAGCGAGGAGGGUGGGGGAGAGGGGGAAGAGAGUGAGGAAGGGGAGGAAGGGGAAGAGGGGGGAUAUGGGAGGAAGUGGAGUGGAGGGGGGAAAUGGGGAAGAUGUGGAGCUGACAGAUGGAGGGGUUCGCAUUCUGCAACAAGACAGCGAAACUGAACUGGCGGAAGAGGAAGAAGACGACGACGAGCAAACAAGAAUGGGAAAUGAGCAGACGGUAACUGAAGACACUGCAAACAGCUCCAUCAUUCAGAUGUCACCGGACAAAGUCUACCACGCCACAGAAGACGAACUCGAUGCCAUUCUCACCAAUCUCAACCCAAUUCUCUCUGCAUUCGACUCCAUCCUGGGCGACCCUGCCGACCCCACGCACCACGAAGAACCCACCGCCGAAAAACCACAUCUCCAAACGAACUUUCUCCAAAAUCACGACCCGGUCCUGCGAGCAUCGGUCUCAACAGACAGCGACCUCGACUCCACUUCCUCGCUCGUGAAGCCCUCUUCCCUCUUCCCCAAACGUCCCCAGCCUUCGGGUGGCAGCCGCCGUGUCAUGCGCUGGGUGGGCUCGUUCGAACAGCCAGAGGAGCAGGAGAGAGAUUCGGUGAGGGAGAAAGGGAAGAGGGGACCUCCUCCGCCACCCGUGACAAAGAGAAAGCCGACGAGCAAGAGAGAAGUGGCAACUGACGGAAUGAGCGAUUCGGGAAUAUCAAACUGUCACUCGCAGACUUUUGACGAUGGGUUUAACCCUUUGGAGACGAGUUAGCACUACUGUAAAUUGUGUUGUUUUCGUUGUUUUGUUUGUGGAUUAUAGUGAAGCCAUACACAACCAGAGUAUUGUUUUUUUAUUUUUGACACUGGACGAUACAUGUCACGUA